AUGUUGUUGCUUUUCAUGACAAUAGCGGUAAUGCAUGUUCGUUGGUCUUCGACCCAAUCGCUUUCAGCAUCUCUAAAUCCAGGCUGUAAUAACUGUUCAAACAUAUCGGUUGUUUCCGUUGUUUUCCGCGAACAAAGCUCUUCUGUUCACUUCAUUGUAUCAAUAACGAAGGAAAAUAGCGUGCCUUCAGUGUUUGUGUCUCGUAGCGAUUCUAAUUCUUCAGUUUACUUUGACUGGCCUUCCAUUUUCUCCAACGAACCAGGUCAGUCUGUGGUCCUCAGCAACAGCUCGUUUUACGGUCUGCUAUUCUCAAACCUGUACCAAUACGAAGAUCGCAGUGAUGUUGCGGACAUUUCAAGAGCGGCUGGGUCGGUUACGAAGUACCCACUAAACCAUUGCUUCUGGUUUCUCUCACGCUGGGAUCCUUUGCCAGACUCAACAACAGGACUGUUAUCUCUUGCGCUGCGUUGUAAUGAUUCAAGACCUUCAGUGAUAUUCGCGAGCAAAGGCUUCAUUGAACUUGAGUUCACGUUUUCCGAGAAAGACCGCCUGGCUGAUCGUGCACCUCACACCCUCUUGCUUGGUGGGUUGGCGGUUCGGGUGAUGGUCGUACUGCAACGUCUUGCCUUGCAGUGGAAGGAGACGCGGUGGGCAUUGAAUCUUGCCAUAGUUGCUAAUCGCAGUCUUCCAGACUCGGCUGUUUUUGAAAACGUCACUUUAAGAUCCAUUGAUGAUGAGCCAUCUCCAGGAGCGUUCAAGGACAUGACAGUUUUUCUCACCAAUCAUUCCUACGUGACGUGGAAAUCCGUCUGCUACGUGGAUGCAGCAGCAGCGAAUGUGAAGUCCAGUCGAGCAGUCGCUGUGUCGCCUCAGUUGUGCGUUGACAAGGGGACAAAUCGGUCUCUUAUCAAAUCUUCCCUUUUCCCCUUCGUCUACGGGGCCGUUGCUAAUACCGUUGCUGUUCGCCAAGUAAAUGUCAGUUUCGGCGACAGUGGCGAUGGUUUCUAUCGCUCUUCCAACUACAUUGACUGGAGCUUUGCCUUUGCCCUCAACACUCCUCCUCCUGGAUACUACUCACCACUCAUCUGGACGAUGGUCGUUAUUUCCAUCAUUCUCAUCUCCGCCGCGGCGUGCCUACUCGUCUACCUCAUUGGAUACCAUUUUAUUACACGAGGUAGUGACAGUCUUGUCCGUCCCCUUCUGGAACAGGUUGAUGAUUCGAACGAGCAGUCGGUAUAA